AUGCAGCUCAAACUCUCUCUUCUUGCAGCAGCCCUCCUCCCCUUGGGCCUUAGUGCUACCCCUGUCGGAGUUGAAAAUGGCAUCAGCGCUAGAGAGGACGUAAACGUCUUUUCUCGACAGAGAUGCCAGAUCAUCGGCGGUGCUGAGCAAGUAAACUGCCGCCUCGGGCCAGGCACCAAAUACCGAAAGGACACCACAUUGGGCAGAUAUUCGUAUUGGAGAUUUGACUGUGUGAAAUCUGGAGAAUGUAUUACCAUUCGCGGGAAGGUUAACUGCCCCAACAACAACAACCCACAUGCCAUCAUGGCUCAACAGUCGGCAUACAUACUGCGCUUACCAAAUGAGAUACUAGACAUUAUAUUCCCUUUGACUGCGGCAAGGUGGUACUGGGAAGGAUGCGACACCGCACUGCUUCUCACCUGCAAACGUUUUUAUGCAAUUUGUCUUCCACACUUAUAUCGCGCGAUUCACUUCUAUGUGCCUCCUCCCACUCGAGCACCUGCAACAAGGAUCGAACAGUUUCACCAGACAGUGAAGUCGCAGCCUGCCCUUGGAAGGUUGUGCAAGAAAGGCAGCUUUAGUCUGGUAGCAUACUUUGAUGGACGAAAUCACAAACGAAAUCUCUCCAUUGCGACAGAACUGUUAUGUUCCCUGCCAAAUAUCAGGGAGCUGAGACUGCAUUGUGACUUCUCUAUGCCACUUGUUAGGCCCAUGGUUCAAACCGCAUUACGCCAUAUGCCGCUCCUCAGCGAGCUUAAGCUUCACGGAUCUUCACAUGGGCCGCCCUUGAAUCUGAUUUGCAAAGACUUGAACCAUGCUACCCUCCCAAGGCUAUAUCUUGUCUACCCUAUCGUAACGGCUGGGUCUAUUUCUAAAUAUUUUCUCCCGGAAGCUUCAAUACCGACAUCUGCUGUGACUUCGUUAGAAAUCAUGGGCUUUGAACACGGACCAGAGAGUCUUCAACGGUUCCUGGGAUGGUUCAAAGCUCUGACACAUAUCACGGUCAGGUCCUCAGUUUAUACAUCGGCAAGUUGGGAAUCCAUACUCCGGGUGCAUCGAACCUCGUUGAUUAGUAUCGAUAUUUGCGAUGUUGAGCACCGUGACAAUGCGCCCAUCAAUUUCUCCGACUUUACUCAACUGGAAACGUUGGGCAUCAAUAUUUAUAACUUGGACUGUUCCCCAGAAACCGCCUCGUCAACUUUAUUAGCCCCUAGGCUUCGCCAUCUUGAAAUAAGCUGCGCUUGUCGGGAUGAGCUGGACGAGCUGUGGAGGGACAUCAAGCGAAACAGCAUGGAUUGGAUGCUGCGUUUCAUCCAGCUUGCUUUAAAGCAAGGGUCGGCGCUACGAACUAUACACAUCGAUUACAAGCCAGCCUUGGAAUGGUUUGACGGUCGAGGGAUCGUGGAGUAUCCGUGGGAUCUUCUAAAAGAGGCCAAAGAAGUUCUGCAGUCUCAGGGAAUCACUUUAUAUUAUGCCGACCCGCCUAUGACUAAAAAGGAUUUUGAGCAAGCUAUACGCUGA